AUGUACCAAGGAAACACCUAUCACCGAGGGGAUCGGCAACAGCCAGGACGCGUUGCAACGCUCGUCCAAGACGAAGAUUCCUUCGCUGAAAGACCAAGUGCUGCAUUUAGCAAUCACAGAGCUCUUCUGAGAAUUCUAAUAGCUUUAUUUCGGGGGUCGUAG